GUGCUCUUAUUUUGUAGGUGUUACCCGGAUGUAGCUAAGCAGCUAGCUGUGUCUCCUCUCUGUCAGCAGGUCUCAGCGGGUGCAGCAUGGAGCGAGUGAGGAGGGUCCUGGUUCACUUCUGUCAGGACGGAGCGGCUCAACCAGCGCACUUUGUGCAGAGUAUAACGGGUCACUUCAGUGAGGGUGGAGAGGACGAGGUGGAGGUCGGCUGCUCUCUGGAGAGAAACCGGUUCAUUCUUCAGCGAGCAGACGCAGGGCGGGGGGUCACUCUGAAGAGGCACGCCUUCUGCCCCAUCAAGCACCUGUCCGUCACAGAGAAUGCUGCGCUCCCAUUGGACGUUCAGCAGCGAGGAGUGGACGUGGGCGUGGCCACCAUCCUGCAGACAGCCAAUCAGAAGGUGUUGUUGACACGGCGUGCGAAGGAGCUCCGGAUAUUUCCCAACAUCUGGGUUCCUCCAGGAGGCCAUCUGGAGCUGGAUGAGACGCUGCUGGACGCCGGUCUCAGGGAGUUACAGGAGGAAACGGGGCUGAAGCUGGAGCCAGAGGAAGGUUCUCCAAACAUCCUGGGACUCUGGGAG